UUUUUUUUUGGUGAAGGAGACCUUCGAAGCUUCCUGUAAUGGCGAAGAAAGCGGUGUUGAUAGGGAUCAAUUACCCUGGAACCAAGGCAGAGCUGCAGGGCUGCGUCAACGAUGUCCAUCGAAUGCACAAAUGCCUUGUUGACCUGUACGGUUUCCCGGAGGAGAACAUCACCGUGUUGAUCGACACUGAUGAUUCUUACACCAAACCUACCGGCAGAAACGUCCGCCGUGCGCUGUCGGAUCUCGUCGGUUCUGCGGAAGCCGGCGACAUUCUCGUCGUUCAUUACAGUGGGCAUGGUACGAGGGUGCCGGCGGAGACAGGGGAAGACGACGAUACUGGGUACGAUGAGUGUAUCGUUCCUUGCGACAUGAAUCUCAUCACUGAUGAUGAUUUCAGGGAUCUGGUCGAAAGAGUGCCAAAGGGAGCUCGCAUUACGAUCGUUUCGGAUUCUUGUCACAGCGGUGGACUCAUCGACGAAGCCAAAGAGCAGAUCGGAGAGAGCACCAAGAAGCCAAAGCCGAAGCAUGAAUCCGGAGGCUCUUCAGGGUUCAGAAGCUUCUUGCGUGAUGCAGUGGAAGAUGCCUUCGAGUCUCGAGGAAUCCACAUCCAUCACCAUGAACAUGGUCACAGGAAGCAAGAGGAGGAAGCAUAUGAAACCGAGACUAAGGAGAUUGUAUUCGAGGACGGAGAAAGAGUCCAUGUCGGGACCAAGUUUCUGCCUCUUGAGACAUUGCUCGAUAUUCUCAAGGAGCAAACGGGCAGUAACGAUGUCGAUGUGGGGAAAAUCAGACCGACCCUUUUCAACUUGUUUGGCGAAGAUUCGAGUCCAAAGGUGAAAAAGUUCAUGAAUGUGAUCCUGAACAAGCUCCAGGAAGGGAAUUGCCAUGGUGGGCUGUUGGGAAAGAUCGGAAACUUAGCUCAGGAGCUUCUGGAGCAGAAGCUAAACGACGAAAACUACAUGAAACCCGCGAUUCAGACACAAGUCGGGGACAGUCAGGAGGUAUAUGCAGGAGCAACACAUGGUUCCCUUCCCGACAACGGGAUUCUGAUCAGUGGCUGCCAAACUGAUCAGACUUCAGCUGACGCUUGCCCAUCAGGAAAGCCGGGGGAAGCAUAUGGAGCGCUAAGCAACGGGAUUCAGAUCAUAUUAGCUGAGACAAAAGGUAAGAUCACGAACAAAGAACUCGUCUUAAGGGCUAGGACGCUUCUGAAGAAGCAGGGCUUUACUCAGAGGCCGGGGCUGUACUGCGAUGACCUUUACGUGAACGAACCAUUCAUAUGUUGAAGGUGAGAAACCCUGUAGGAGAUUGGUUCAGAGUGACCUCUGCGUAUUUGGACAAAACUGGCUUGCCGGAUUUGUUGGAAACAAACAUAAGUUCCUUACAUGCUAUUUGCUGAAAUUUUAUGUAUUGUUCUUGAUGUGUUCUUGUAAUAAAGUUGCUUCAUUUUACCCUUUUUUUUCCAGAUUUGGAAUUCAAGAACUGGCUGAAUAUUCUGAAUCUUGAAUCGAUUUCGGAUAUAUUUGGGUGUUACGUGAAUGUUAUCAAGGAAAGAUCAUAUCCAUGGACACAGAUCUUUCCUGAACAAAGUUUGGUCCUUUUUAAUGUCAAUGUAUACAGUUUUCGUA